AUGGUCGAAGCGGACAUUCUUUGCCCUACGUCACAUCCCGAAUUAGCAUACCUUCGUCAGAAACCGCUGAGUGCAACUCACUACAUCACCGACGUUCAUUUUAUGGAAAAGAAUGAAUAUGGUGUUGAAACAAUGAAAGACGGGCGUCCAAUGCCAGUGGAAUAUCUGCUGGUGGACGUUCCAGCGGGUAUGCCCAAAGAACCGCAUGCAACAUUCCAUAUCGUCAGCGAACGAGGACAUCCGUUCCCAAACGAAAACCGUGACAUUAUUGGCGAGCUUCAGGUCACAUCUGUUAAAUUUCGUGGGUUUUUUGAGCGAAUCGAGUGA